AUGAACAUUUUGCUGCUGCUGCUGCUGUUGCUGCUGCUGCUGCUGUUGCUGCAGCAGGAGGUGCUGCAGUUGCAGCAGCAGCAACAGCUGCAGCAGCAGCAGCAGCAGCAGCAGCAGCAGCAGGAACGAAGGCAUAGUGGUAUCGGGAUGUGCUGCAACUCAGAAGGGGGAGGUAAAGCAGCAGCAACAAAGGUUGCUGCUGCAGCAGCAGCAGCAGCAACAGCAGCAGUAGUUCCCGCUGCAGCUGCUGCAGCUGCUGCUGCAGGUGCCGAUGAUGCAAGUGCUGCUGCAGUAAUAGAUGCUGCAACAGCAGCAGCAGCAGCAGCAACAGCCUGA